CCGCCUCGGAUCCCACCCAUUUCACCUGACUCGCCGCACGCUGCAGCGUUUGUUCCCGCACUGAGCGGCUGCUGCGGUCCUCGCUUCUGACUUUGCUCCUCCUGGGUCCUACCACUGCCAUGCCUCGGGGAAGCCGCAGCGCGGCUGCCAGGCCGGCCAGCCGCCCAGCCCACCCUCCUGCUCACCCACCACCCUCAGCGCCCGCCCCGGCACCUGCCGCUUCGGGCCAGCCGGGUCUUAUGGCUCAGAUGGCAUCCACCGCAGCUGGCGUAGCUGUGGGCUCAGCUGUAGGGCAUGUCAUGGGUAAUGCCCUGACCAGCGCCUUCAGUGGGGGAAGCUCGGAGCCUGCCCAGCCUGCCGUCCAGCAGGCCCCUGCCCGUCCUGCCUCUCACCCCCUACAGAUGGGGCCCUGCUCCUAUGAGAUCAAACAGUUCCUGGAUUGCUCAACCACUCAGAGUGACUUAACCCUGUGUGAGGGUUUCAGCGAGGCCCUGAAGCAAUGCAAAUACAAUCACGGUCUGAGCUCUCUGCCCUGAGGAGCCCAUGGGCCUGCUCUGACCGUAACCCCUCACCGACAGCUUGACCAAGAUGAGAUUGUACCUGGGACUGGGAGUAAGGAGGGUAAUUCUCACCCCACAGAUGAACAAGAGACAUUAAGUGUUCAAUUAAAGCAUUUACUUUAGACCACA